AUGAAGAAAGUUAUAUUGUUUAAGAGUGAGUCUGAAGAUUAUGAAAGAGCAUUUCUAGAUGUGAACUAUGAGACGUUGUUUGUUGAACCGCUUCAAUUCGAGUUCAUUAACAAGGAGGAGCUAUCGAAUAAACUAGUACAGAAAGAUUACAGAGGCCUCAUACUCACUAGCCCAAGAGCCAUCGAAGCAGUAUCUAAAUGCUGGGACCCCACCAGGUUUGUCAUAUGGAACACAAGAAGAAUCUACACCGUGGGAGAGGUGAGCUGCCACAAAAUAAAACUUUUGUUGGGGCUAGAAGCAAUUGGUGCGACAUCAGGUAGCGGGGAAAAUCUAGCUAAUAUUAUUACUAAGGAAAAUCCUGAGAACUCAAAGUUUUUGUUUCCGUGUGGCAAUUUUAAGACUGAGACAUUACCAAAUAUUUUGAAAGCUUCAAAUAUUGCAGUUGAUGCACUAACAGUCUAUGAGACUAAAGAAAAUGAUAAUUUAAGAAGUAAGCUGAUGGCGGUCAACGAGAGUGCUAACUCGUGCUGUAUGGUGUUCUUCAGUCCUUCCGGAUGUGAGUACAUAUAUCGACAGCUUCAGACAUUCAGUAAUAAUUUAUCUGUACUGCCACACUUUGCCAUUGGCAACUCCACUGCGCACAAGAUUGAGAACCUCGGUGUAGAAGUGGCGGGAGUGGCAGCUCGGCCUAAGGCUGACUCUGUAGUGGAAGCGGUGAAUAAUUACUUUGCACAGUUACAAAUUAGUUAG